UCAAACUUAACAAGAACCCAAUCAUCUGACCCUGAUCCCAGGCCCUCUGACACCUAAAGCUGAAUGUGUGGUGAGCAGCAGGUAUUGGAGGGUUGUUAACAGGAAGGAGCACCAGAAGCCUGGAGGAGUUUCCCCCGGGGACCGGUGACCUUAUAUGGCCGGGGCCCUGCCUGCACGCCCACCACAGCAGUUCAUCUCUCCGACCGAUAGGUGGCCUUAUCCCGGGCAGGACAUCACGGCCAGCCCCGGUGCCGCAGUGUAUGGUGGGAAAUAUGGGAUCAGGUGAGAACCGGAAGAGGAGCGUGUGAGUGACGCUGGUUUGACAGCUGAUGAAUCUGUGAUGACAGGAGGAGCUGAGAGCCGAGAAAAGGCAGCAGGUGAAUCAUUUGCAGCCUCCAGUUUACCACCGUCCCACCUGUCCCAACAUUAAAUAAACCGACGGAUACCGUGAGCGGACAUGUUCCGCUGUUUGUGAGCGCUUCCAGUUUCACAAAUAAAAACAACAACAUCAACUCAGAGUGGACAGAAAACACGAACCCACGCCGCCGGAGCCUGGAUUUAGCAGGUCAGUUGUUGCGAGAGGAGGAACCUCGGAGUCGGAGCCAUGUUGUCGGCGGAGGAGAUCCUGUGCAGCACGCAGCAGGUGAUCGCAGGGCUGGAGGCGCUGAGAGGGGAGAACCGCAGUCUGCUGGAGAGCCUGCAGGAGCCGCUGGAGAGCCAGCCGGCGUCGGAGAGCGGCAGCGUGGAGCAGGAGAAGAGUGGCAUCAUCCGCCAGUCACUGGAGAGGAUAGAGCUGGGGCUGAGCGAGGCACAGGUGAUGAUGGCGUUGUCGGCUCACCUGGGUUCACUGGAGGCUGAGAAACAGAAGCUUCGGGCUCAGGUGCGUCGUCUCUGUCAGGAGAACCAGUGGUUGAGGGACGAGCUGGCCGGUGCUCAGCAGCGGCUGCAGGACAAGGAGCAGGAGGUAGUCACCCUGGAGGAGCAGAACAAACACCUGCAGUUCAUGUCCUCCAUACGCAAAUAUGACAUGGAGGAGCCGCAGCUGGAUGACAAAGACACGUCUUCCACCAAGGAGUCUCUGGAUGACCUCUUUCCUACCGAGGACGAGGAACAGUCACAGAUGUCCCAGACUCAUCACAGCAGUGCAGCAGCCGCAGCUCAGCAGGGCGGCUACGAGAUUCCCGCCCGCCUUCGAACACUCCACAACCUGGUCAUCCAGUACGCAUCCCAGGGACGGUACGAGGUCGCUGUACCACUCUGCAAACAGGCUUUGGAAGAUCUGGAGAAGUCCUCAGGUCACACCCACCCAGAUGUAGCCACCAUGCUGAAUAUACUGGCGCUGGUGUACAGAGACCAGAACAAAUACAAAGAAGCAGCCAACCUGUUGAACGACGCGUUGGCGAUCAGGGAGAAAACUCUGGGAAUGGACCAUCCGGCUGUGGCAGCAACGCUCAACAACCUGGCGGUGCUUUAUGGGAAAAGAGGGAAAUACAAGGAAGCAGAGCCACUGUGUAAAAGAGCUCUGGAGAUCAGAGAGAAAGUUCUGGGUACAGACCAUCCAGAUGUGGCCAAGCAGCUGAACAACCUGGCUCUGCUGUGUCAGAACCAGGGCAAGUACCAGGAGGUGGAGCAGUACUACGAACGGGCUCUGCACAUCUACCAGAGCAAACUGGGACCAGAUGACGCCAACGUGGCCAAGACCAAGAACAACCUGGCGUCAUGCUAUCUUAAGCAGGGGAAAUACAGACAAGCUGAAGCUCUUUACAAAGAGAUUCUGACCAGAGCACAUGAAAAGGAGUUUGGAUCUGUAGAAGGCGACGGUCGUCCCACUUGGUCCGGUGCUGAGGACGGCGGCUCCGGACAGGACGGCCUCAGUAACCUGAAGCGCAGCGGCUCCUUCACCAAACUCAGAGAGUCGAUACGCCGAAGCAGCGAGAAACUGGUCCGCAAGCUGAAAGGAGUUGGGAUGGAGGAAACGACCCCGAGGAAUGCUGGGAUGAAGAGGGCGAACUCUCUGAAUAUGCUGAAUGUUGGAGCCAGAGAGAGUCAGGAUGGCACCCAGUCAAGCCGUUUGACAGACGCUCGAGGGUUGAGCACAAGCACGCAGAGCCUGAUACGACGAGGUUCACUCGGUGGGACCAGCUAAUACACACGCACACACGCACA